AUGCGAUUGUGCCGUCCGACGGUCCACGUGGACACCUCCCCUCUCAAAUUCAAUCCCUGCGACCUCCUUUUCAGCGAGGACCUGUUCGACGAUCCAACCGCCGCCGCCGGUCUCCCCCGCUUCCUCAGCAGCCAAUCGAAUCCCUCUGUCGUGGAUCCCUUCGAUCUUAGCUACCGCAACAGAUUUCUCCUCCAGCACCCUACCGACUCGCUCGGCCUCACAGGCCUUCUCGUCCUCCCCCAAUCAUUUGGGUAUUUUGGCUGCACACACGCGCGCAGGCGCGCACACAAAUCUCUUUGUUUUUAUGAAUGUAUUUGGAAAUUGCUGAUUGAUGUUUCUCCUCACUUACGUGUCGGGGGGCGAUACGAUUUUAUUGUGGAGCAUGAUGUGAAAGAACUUGGUGCACACACCUUGGUGUGCACUGCACUUUACACUGAUGGUGGAAAUGAGAGGAAGUAUCUCCCACAGUUUUUCAAGUUUGUAGUUUCUAACCCCAUCUCAGUACGGACAAAGGUACUCUUUAUUAUAAGAUAUCCAUGUCAU